CGCGCAGAGGGGAGAGUGGGCGAAGCCCUGCCGUUUCCGCCGCCCGUAGGAGAAGAUGGUACCGCCGCCGUGCCGUGUAUUGACCGUCGGCGCGGCGUGCUGGUCUGCCCCGUGAUAAGCUCCGGUGUGCCGACGAGUGUGGGAAAAAAAAGUUACUGAAGAAAAUCUCAUGGACUCGACGGGAGUGCUAUUUUGGAGUGACGGUGAUGAACAACAGUGGCAUUUUGGCAAUGGCACAACUUUGGAGGGUGUUUUGGCAAUCCGGCUCCAACAUAAUGGUAUGAUGGCAAUUUCCCCAAAAUACAAACAAGGCAGGGCAGGCGACCACCAAACCCAGCUGAGCUGAUCGAGCAGAAGCGGGGGAGGGAGGGGGAAGGGAACCCUAAAACCCAAAUUUCCCCAAUCAACGGAGCGAAUCGGUUCGGAAUCGCCCUCGCCAUCCAUCGCCAUGGACCGUGAUUCCCAUCGCCGCCUCAUCUAUCUCUGUAUCGGGGGGCAUGACUAUGGCAUGGUAACCCAAGCCUACGCAGAUUGCCUCAUCAUAGAAUACCACCAGUGGGAGCAGCGUCGUCUCUGGCGACCUGAAACCCCCUCUGCAGCAUCCUCCUCCUCCCGUGGAAGUGGAACUGGCCAUCGCAGGAGACCAGGGCAUGCAGAGGCUGGAACCGCACCUCGUGUACGGCAGAGUGCUAUGUAUUCAGAUCGACCAAGGCGAUACCGGGGUAAUCGAGGACGAGCACAGCCACCAACCUGCUUACCAGUUGAGGAGCAUGCUGGUGAGGUGAGCAGCAAUGAGCUUGGGCCUACAAUUGCAGAUACGUCAAGAUUCGAGACACUGUCGCUAAAUGACUCACCCCCUACACUUGAUUCAACCGAUGAGGCUGUGGUGCAUGCUGGUGACACGGUCAGUGGUCUACCUGAUUCUACAGUUAUGGUGCCAUCAGCUGCUGAGGAAGCUCUGUCACCCAGGUCGGAGGAGCGACGCAAAUUUGAGGAGUACCUAAAUGAGCACACGCUUGAGACUUAUGAUGAUCUUUGUAAAUUUCUUUCUGGUAAGAGUGUUGUUCGAGCUGGGGCAGAAGUAGCUGAGGGUGAAGCAAUGUCUCAGCAGUCUUCACCAGACGAAUAUCUCUGUUCUACCGAGAGUGCCGUUCGAGCUGGGGCGGAAGUAGCUGAGAGUGAGGCAAUGUUUCAGCAGUCUUCACCAGACGGAUAUGAAGCUCGAUUGGUUACAGCACCAGAACAAGCUCCACCAGCUGCAGCACAAGGACAAUCGAAAGCUUCCGAAGAAGAGAUUGCUUGUAAUGGGAAGAAAUGGAUGGGCGAGGAGGCAAUGGUGGCAUUUAAAAAAUACAUCAAAGGAAAAAAAUUUCUUAAGGACCUUGAUCAUGAAUUUGAUGAGCUUCACCACCAUUGUUUUAGUGUGGAAAAUUAUCAUAAGAUCAUCCAUCACUUUAACUUCACUUUCAAGACGAAGGAACCCGGUUCAACUGACUGGAGAUCAAUGCUCUACUUCGCUGAAGUGAAGGAGAUAUUGAAAUGGAAGAUCUACUUCUGCUCUCCUCUAGAGCCGUAUGAAGAUGGACAUUGUUAUGCAUGCAAGAACCAAGGGUUAGAUGAUUUGAAGCAUCCAGUAAUAGGUGCAUUUGAUAGAGGCAGUCCAGAUACAGUAUUCCCCUACCUGUGGGAUAGUGACUCCUCUGAUGAAUUUACUCCGGUUAGACUUGAAGACGAAGCUGAGGAUGAGCGUUGGUUAGAUUAGCAGGUGUGCACUGGCACGAAUCUUGUAGUCGAAGAUGCAGUUUUGGUAAGGCAACUAAAAUGAUAAUGCAAUACAAUGUGCAAGC